GUGCGCCCGUAGAGUGAGGGAAGGCUUGGCCUAUGGAGGUCGUCGCGUUAGGAGCGUGGACGGUCACCAGUGGCGCCAUCGCUCCAGCUCCAUCUUCGUGGUACCUGCAUCAAGACGCCAACUUCACAGAGUUGGAGAGACAGUACCAGGACCUGACGCAACAGCAUCAGGAAUUGGCGACGCUCCGCCGCACACUGCAGAGCCACGAGGAUGCAACUCGGGCACUCAAUGCCCGAUUGUUGGACCUGGAACAGGCUGUACCAGGACCAGCUGCUGGRGCUUCCAGCAGUGCACCCUCUAGCCGCCAACUGGAGGACCGCGUUGACCACGUAGUGGCAAUGCUCGGCGACAUCAGCACUUUCGCUGCGCCGACCACCACCAUCAGCAGUCAGCUGCAUACAUUGAAGACCGAGGUCCAGCAGCUGCAGACGACGAAUGCGGAUGGCAACCCGAAGAUGUAUAAGAUGCCAACUUUCAAUCUGGAGAGGUUCAGCGACUACACGCAGCAGGAUCCGGUCCUCUGGUGGGAAGCAUUCACAACACAACUCAGGAUUCUGCCCGUAGCCAAGCAUGCGUACAUCGGCGCCCUGUUCUUGAACUCAAAGGGCGGAUGCCAGACCUGGUUGAGCCACCUGGCAACCUCCCACGGCGUCGACGUACCAGACUUGAAGGACAAAAUCACAUGGGAGGAACUGACACGGCUGUGGAAGAAGCGGUUCAUCGUCGACGACGCGCCGGCACUCGCCAUCAACCGUCAAUUCACCAUGUCACAGGGCAACACUUCAACACGGGACUGGCUCACCGAGUGGCAGAAGAUUGCGGCAGUGCCCAAUCUGGACCUGCCUUUCACUCAUCUCAGACGUGAGUUCUACACUAGGUCCUGUGCGGCAUUGAGCCAGGCUCUUGGUGAUCGCGAGCAGUACUCAACCUUCGCUGAAAUCAUUGACAAGGCGAGGGAGAUCAUCAAGACCAACAGGUCAGCUGCACACGAGAAGUCACCAUGGCAGCCGACCUAUGUGGAGAAGGUACGAACUGGUCCGCGACAACAGCACUUCGCUGCAGUCCAGCAGGAUAGUGGAGAUAACCCAGCAGCCACUCCAGYAUCAAGUGACGGAGAUCAGAUGGCUGCUGUCCAGCCGCGAAGCAACAACAAGUCCCGCAACAAUGGGAAGGCGAAAUCCGCAUCGCAGGCCGGAAAUGGACAGCCAGUACAAGUUCCAUGGGUCAAGUUUGGCUUGACCGAGGCGGACUUCGCCGCAAUCUAUCGCCGGGGAUUCGACGUCAUGGUCAAGACUUGUAGAGCUCGACCCGUUGACGUUCACGGACUUCAGUGGAUGCUCGUUCCCUCGACCGAACGAUUGACGAAACCUCAUUGCAAUGUGCUCAUGGCACAACUGCGAGACUACUUGCAUACUGCAGUACCAGCUCCGUUGAUGGACGCCGAAGCAGAGGUUGUCGACCUUCACGCUUACAUCGCGAAGAUCUACCGCGAGGUCAAGACGCAACGGUACGACGACAUCGACGUACCAUUGCUAUACGUACGCAUUCAGAUUGGAGAGGCAACCUGCAGUGCCUUGAUCGGUUGCGGAGCGUCUCGCAACUACAUCAGUCAGGACUUCAUGGUGCGCGCCGGCCGUGGCCCACGCGUCUGGAGGAAGUCCCAACCUACACAAGUCACGUUGGCGGACGGUCACACGCACAAGUCAAUCGACCGGUGCAUUGACAACGUCCCAGUGUACUUUGCCCCUCACGCAAGUGAGGCGGUGUCCUUUGACAUUCUGGACACCAAAUUUGACAUGAUCUUGGGCAUGUCAUGGCUGCGAAGCGAGGAUCACCCGGUGAACUUCUUUCACCGCACCAUUCACAUUCGUGAUCGGAACGGAGUACUAGUUCCAUACACGGUGACUCUUCCUCAUCCUUCGAUCAGCUGCCACGUGGUAUCCGCCGCAAGCAUGCGAGCUUCCAUCAUCAGAGACGACAUCGAGGAGAUGGGGGGGUGUUUUCUCCACGCCCUCCCGUCCCAUGACGCUUCAUCGACGGACUCACCUUCGGAUCCACGCAUCACCGAACUUCUCGACGCCUACAGCGACGUGUUCGAAGGCCCGCACGGGGUAGUACCGGAUCGACCCAUCUGCCACGAGAUCAUCCUCGAGGACGGGGCCGUACCUCCGCGCGGUUGCAUCUAUCGAAUGAGCGAGGAAGAGUUAAGUGUGCUCCGCGCACAAAUCGACGACCUUCUAGAGAAAGGCUGGAUUCGGCCUAGCUCAUCGCCAUACGGUGCUCUUGUUCUCUUCGUCCGGAAGAAGAACAAGGACCUGCGGUUGCGCAUCGAUUAUCGCAAGCUCAACGUGCACACGAUCAGGAACGCCGGCCCUCUCCCACGCAUCGAUGACCUUCUCGAGCGAUUGGGCGGCGCCCAGUUCUUCUCUAAGUUGGAUCUCAAGUCAGGGUACCACCAACUCGAGAUUCGCAAGGAGGAUCGCUACAAGACCGCGUUCAAGACUCGGUAUGGGCAUUUCAAAUGGCUGGUCAUGCCAUUUGGCCUUACGAAUGCCCCAACCACUUUCCAAGCGGCUAUGACGACGGAGUUCUGACACAUGCUGGAUCGUUUCGUACUUAUAUACCUCGACGACAUUCUAGUUUACAGCCGGAGUUUG